AUGUCCUUCUUUCCCACAAUCACCAUUCUGCUGACCCUCAGCAUAAUCAGCAUCAAAAUCAACCUCGCAUCCGCCGCGCACGCCGGCUUCCAUGUCCAGUUCCCCUGGAUGACCCGCGGUCCAAACCCCAAGAUCCGGCCAGAGAUAGAUCGGUAUAAUCCAUUCUGUGGCGAGAUAAUGCAUAAUCCUCAACAAUACUCUCGAAGCUCCCGCAGUUUCCUCUCAUUCUGCGGCCAUCCGGGAGAUCUUGUGACGGCGCUCUAUACCCGGAAUAGAGCGCCACGAAAGAAAGAGGACUUCUCCUACACCAUUCUGCAGGAUGUGCCCAUAGAGCCAUCGGGGCAGCUGUGUGUGAAUGUGACGAUUCCAUUUCAGACCGAAGUCGGCGAGAUGGGAGUCAUGUACUUCGAGGCGACGGAUCCUAAGACAGGGAAUGUGGAACAUUAUUGCUCCGACGUCAGGAUGGUUGACAUAGAGGCUCUUCCUGAGGAUCAUCCGGCCAUGUGCGCGGCUCAAAACGAGACACUGAUCCCGAUGCCGGAUGAGUACCUGUAG